GCGAGAAUCUUACAGUUCAGCCUCAGUUUAACGUCAUUUGUCAACUAAACCGUGUCAUAAGAAUAUCUUAGAUAUAUUCUAGAAAAAAUCCAAAGUUAGGGUGUUUGCUGGUUCAUAAAUAAUUAAGUAAAAUUGUGACUGUUUGUUAUGAUUGGAGAGUUGGUAGCUAGGUUCAGAGCUCUCUCAGCGGGGCUUCCAACAUUCCACAAUAUUCUCCAGUGGUCAGUUUACCCUUAGUCUUCAUUCUGAUCAUACCCCUGCUGUAUUAAGUUCCUAGAGUAAACAUGGUUGUGUCAGACCAAUUAAAAAUCGAACCCUUUUCAAGCUAUCAACAGCCCUACUCCGUUCCUGUACCCGGAGCAGGUUAUGCUGCCAGAGAUCUUCUCUUUCGCUCCGACCCGUCCUACUCCAUGUUCUCCUCUAGUUUACAUGCUGCAGCUACUGGACAUGAUCCGUUUAGUUUACACGAUAUGGGAGCUUCAACUUAUAAUUACAGUAAUAUGGGAUAUGGUUACAUGUCUCCAUACUACAGAUAUAUGCGCCAGCCGGUCAAACAGGAGAUGAACUGUCUUUGGAUAGACCAAGAGAAGAAGGAGCGCUGCGGACGGGUUUUCUACUCUCUCCAUGAUAUCGUGAACCAUCUGACUGUGGGCCAUGUCGGAGGUCCGGAGAACUCUGAUCAUGCUUGCUACUGGGAGGAAUGCUCCAGAGAAAAGAAACCGUUUAAAGCCAAGUAUAAACUUGUAAACCAUGUUAGAGUUCAUACAGGAGAGAAACCCUUUCCUUGUCCUUUCCCUGGAUGCGGAAAAGUAUUCGCAAGAUCUGAGAACUUGAAGAUACACAAGAGAAUACAUACAGGCGAGAAACCGUUUGAGUGUGAGAUUGAAGGUUGUGACAGAAGAUUUGCAAACUCCAGUGAUAGAAAGAAACAUAUGCAUGUUCAUACCACGGAUAAACCCUACUACUGCAGAGUUAAAGGAUGUGAUAAAACCUACACCCAUCCGUCCUCUCUCCGUAAGCAUCUAAAGAUACAUGGAAAAGAUGCGGUAUCGAUGGCGUAUGACAGUGAUGAUUCCCGAGCUACGUCUCCUCCAACCAUUCAAAAUACUACAAUUCCGAUCAAGGUUCCGGCUGGACCCUCAUCUCUCAGCUCCAACUCUAGUACGGAGUAUAAAUCGCUUAGUUCUAAUCCAAGUUCGGAGUACAAACCUCUCAGUUCUAAUCUUAGUGCGGAGUAUAAACCUAACAAUGACUCCUGGUACACGGAACAGUAUUCUCAUCCAUCCAAUCUAACCUCAAACCAUCAAACCCAAACCUCCACUCCGUCCACAUCCAACACUUACACCCUGCCCUCAUCCAAUCCUUACUCUUCAAAUUUAUCCCAUCCAUCCAUCUUUACUCCGAGUUCUCAUUCCUCCUUUUCAUCCAGUUCUCCGUACUUAGGGAACACACCACUUCAUUCCCUCUCACAUCAUAUAGAGUAUAUCUUACCACAUGUACAGUCCUAUUAAUUAUGUACAAUUAUAAUAGUUAUGUACAUUCUGCACCGUGUGUACAUUUUACAGUGUGAUAUCUUGUCAGUGCAAUUCAAUUUGCAAUAUUUUUGUAUAUUUAAAUGUUCAGAUCUCAAGCUUUAUAAAUAAACCAUAAUGUGCCUUU